GUAUCUUUAUUUGGGGCGAUGUGUGUUGCGCGAGUUAGACCCAAACCAGGAAACUGACCAGAAGGAAUGUAUAUACGCAAGUCCAGAAGGAAUAUAUACGCAAGUCGGGAAUCAUCUGCUUCACAGACCUUGUUGUACUCAAGAUGAAGAUCGUUUGUGUCCCUCUGUGUGCAGCAUCACUUGCUGUGUACGUGAUGUUUCUUGGUUUCGACAAUAUGGACCAAGUACACGCUUCCGGGCCACUCGGAGACAAUUGUGUAAGUGUAAACUUCGCCAUGGCUGAGAACGACUGCAAAUAUAGAAACAGAUCAUUAUUCACCUUAUCGGAUUUGAAAACAUCAAGAGGUGGACGAUUUGUUCGAAAUGUUACAACUAUCCUCACGGAAAUUUGGAUACGAGGUGACGAGAAUGGUUCGUGCCAAACUUAUCUCCGUUUGCCAACAAAGGGAAGUGCAAACAAGACUGACGAAGAUCUGAAAUUUCAAAGAGCCAACUGUGACGAUCAGCAUCACUACGUGUGUAUACAGCAUGCUCGUAAGCAUUUUCAUUCAUCAACAUCGCUUAUAUAUCAUUUCGUUUCUAAUACGUAUAAUAUUGACUACAUUCACCAUAUGUUUACGUACCAGUAGCAAAACUGCUAAUAUACAACCGGAAACUUUAACUAUUGUUCCAUUCUCUAAUAAACCAGCUUCAAUAUUUCAAUAAUCCUAUUUUGACAUGUUUUUUUUGUACAACGAAAUCAGAUCUGGAGCCUCAGUACCAUCCUGCUUGUUAUGAGAAGACAUCAGAGGUUACAUUCGGUAAUCUCCACCUAUUUCCAACUAUUCAUUGAUAUCAUUACGUUAUCGGUAACUGGCAAGAACUGGGUGCCAAUGUCCUAAACAACCUUAGUUCAACAACAGUUGUAAACCUAUGUUAACAUAUGUUAGUCUGUGCUUGGGAAUUCCUGUAAUUAGAUAGUUUUGUACAACGGUACAGAGGUAAUGUGCAUUUAUACAAUUGUUCUUCGUCGGACACAACUUGUUUGUUGUAAGUUCGUCGCCGCCUAACCCCCAAAGAAAGCAUUCGCUUUGUGCAGAUGCUUAUACUACAAACUAAUCACUGUGUUUGUCGUAAUACUACCUGAUGAAAGUUGAACUUACGGUGUGGAAUUGUGAUAACUACCAAGGCGUCAGUUUAAUGAUGGAAGUU